AAAGGCGGCCGCGCGCGGAAGGCUGCGGUGCGGGCUGGAGAGUGCGUGUCUCUCGCGGGGGAGGGGUGACGGCGGGGCCAGUCGAAGAGCAGCCGAGCGCCGCGCGAAGGGAUCCCAGAUCGAGCUCACGCGGGGAUUUUAAUCCGAUUCCGGCCGGCCCGGAUUUUAUCGAGAGCGGGUUUUAAGGCGGUUCUGUCUCCAGCCUCGGGAGACGGGCAGGAUGUCCGAAGUGGAGCAGCAGGUGGCGGAUCCCGCCGACGCCACCCAGAACGGGCACGAAGCGGCCGAAGGCGCCGGGGAGCAGCAGGCCGAGAGCGGCGGAGCGGCGGCGCCGGUGGCCGCCAGCCAGAACGGAGCCGAAGGCGACCAGAUCAACGCCAGCAAGAACGAGGAGGAUGCGGGGAAAAUGUUUGUUGGUGGCCUCAGCUGGGAUACAAGCAAAAAAGACUUGAAAGACUACUUCACUAAAUUUGGUGAAGUGGCUGACUGUACAAUAAAGAUGGACCCGAACACAGGAAGAUCAAGAGGUUUUGGAUUUAUUUUGUUCAAAGAAGCUGGAAGUGUUGACAAGGUAUUGGAACAGAAAGAACACAGGUUAGAUGGGCGACUUAUUGACCCCAAGAAGGCCAUGGCAAUGAAAAAAGAUCCAGUGAAGAAAAUUUUUGUUGGUGGACUUAACCCUGAAGCCACAGAAGAGAAAAUCCGGGAAUACUUUGGAGAGUUUGGAGAGAUUGAAGCAAUUGAACUUCCAAUGGAUCCAAAGACCAACAAAAGGAGAGGCUUUGUGUUCAUCACUUUCAAGGAAGAAGAUCCAGUCAAGAAGAUCUUGGAAAAAAAAUUCCAUAAUGUUAGCGGAAGCAAGUGUGAGAUCAAGGUAGCGCAGCCAAAGGAAGUAUACCAGCAGCAACAAUUCAGUAGUGGUGGAGGAAGAGGCAGCUAUGGAGGAAGAGGCAGAGGUGGAAGAGGUGCUCAAAGUCAAAUUUGGAAUCCAGGUUAUGGCAAUUACUGGACCCAGGGUUAUGGGAAUCAAGGAUACGGCUAUCAGCAAGGUUAUGGUGGCUAUGGAGGCUAUGAUUAUUCAGGAUGUGGGUAUUAUGAAUAUGGACCAGGCUAUGAUUACAGUCAAGGCAGUGCAAAUUAUGGGAAAAGUCCAAGACGUGGUGGUCAUCAGAAUAAUUACAAGCCAUAUUGAUCAAAUUUAUUCAGGCUUACUGACUACUCCAAAUACCACCUCAGAGUACUCUAUUUAAUGGCACCCACUGUUGGGCUUUCUUGAUGGGAACUGGAAGAACCAUUUCAAAGUGACAUUGCCACAUACCUAGCAUAGCUUUGAUAUUUCAAUGUAGCAGACACACCUAAAUUUUAAGCAGUAUGGCUGAAAUUUUAGUUCUUAAAAGGAUUAACCUAACAGAGCAACUGAAAACCAAGACUACAAGCUGACCUUACACACAAGUAACUGACUCUUUGUUGUAUGGUUUUUAACUUCUACUGCAUUUCCUUUCCUACCUUACAAUAACUGCAUUCCCUAGUACAGAAGGUAAACUAAACUCCACUGGGAGUAAGUGUACCUAAAAAGGUCAAUAGUGUUAAUGGAGUAAUGCCAGUGGGCUUGGUGGAAAGCAUCUAUUGUAGAAGCAUUUGUUUAAAUUGCCAGGACUAGCAGCAGAUGUAGUUCUAGCACUCAUUUACUACCUAAAGGUUUACAAAUUAAGGCUUAAUUUAAUUUUUUUUGGUAAGGGGUUUUUUCUUUUGGUAGAAUGGAUUUAGAGAUGUUAGUUUUAAAGGACACUGAGCUUGACUUAACGAAAAAUAAUUUUAGCUCCUAAGCUGUUCCCAGUCUCUGGCUUCACAGCUGCAUUUUUUCCAAAUCGCUUAAUACAGCACAUAGAGAUGGGUUGUUCUCUCUCCUAUUUCUACCCCCCCCCCCCUUUGCAAUUUCCAGAGGCAGUCUAAAGCUGUAGCAGGGCAUGUGCACCUGUAGACAACUCCCCCACCAUUCCUCUUACCUCCCCUGCUGCCUAGUCUCCUGCUUCUGCAGCAGCAGUCAAGCACCACUUUGCUCCCACCUGUUCUUUGGCAACUUAAUUUUCUUCUUCCUCUGCAUAAUUAGCAGUGGGAUAGCCUCAGCCACCUUGAACCAACAAUCCACUGCUUAUUUCCAGACUCUUCUAGCUCCCCUCAGCCAUGGCAAAACGCUGUUCUAGAUUAAUUCUGUAGUACUAGCUCAUACAAAAGAUAUAGUAAUCAUACUGAAUCUCUCUCCUAAACAACCACCUGAUAGAGAUAAAAGGGUCUCAAGGUUUCAGUGGCCACCCUCAGACUAUCCUGCCCUUUGGAAGAGCUACAGUAGCCUAGUUAUGAAGGAUAAGCCAUCCCAGCAGCCUUGGUGGCAGAUCACACUUGCUGCAAUGAGACUUUAGGCAAGGGCCAUAGCAGCCACCUCAGCAACCAGCAGUCUACCUAUCCCUGGACAAAUUCCUCACGAUCCAGGACUUGAUAUCUAUAGUCUCUUAUGUACUUUACCACCAUAGUUAAAUAUUGACACAGAUGCUGAUCUUCCUGCUUUCAUGCACAGAAAUAAACCCCUGGACAAGGUCCCAUAUACAUUAUCUCCAGUACUUCCUAAUAAAAGCAUAGAUCCAUUCACAAGAAUGCAUGCAUCAGGUGCUGGUUCUGAGCCAUGUGUUGAACACUCAGCUAAUGCAUUAUCCCACAGAACAGCCACAAGAGUCUCCCUGUAUGCAUUCCAGACUCUUGGUACUUGUGGCUAGAUGGAAUGGGAAGUACAGCUGGGGCACAGGACAGGGCCAGGCACCUGGAACCCUUGGGGAAGAAGCAUCAACCUGUGGAGCUCAAAUGUGUAAACUAGUGCAAUGGAGAUUUCAGAACUAAGAGUGCUUCUGAUCCAGUCAGACAAGACUCCCAUUCUGGUGUAUCUUAACCUAUGAGGAAUGUGGAGUAACUACUUGCACAAGAGAGGGAGAGGAACAGGUAAAGAGGAUUCUCCCUGCUACAGGAGCAAUAAAUGUAAAAGGAGAGCUGAACCAAGACAGACUUGCCUCAGAACAGUGCCUGACUGAGGAAGUCCAUUUUGAUUUUGCACAAGUUCAGCUUUCUGGUGGUCAACCUAUUCACCAAUCACAAGAACAACAAACAUUUGAAAUAAUCUACCAGAGGAAUCCCUGGGGAUGGAUGCUCUUUUGCAGAUGGCACUAUAGCCUGUAUAUGCAUUUCUUCCCUUUCUACUUCUAGAAAAGAUACUAGGUCUUCAGUGGCCAACGAGAGCAUGGUUCUCCAAUCAGAUAGAACUGAACUGAACUUGGAGCCACUGUUGCAGCUACCUGUGAGAUGAGACAUCCUUUACCAAGGCAUAUUCCUCCAUCCACACCCAAAUCAUCUACAGCUGAUAGUCUGGCUCUUGAGAUGGGAAGUAUUAGGUGUGCUAGAGCUAUCCUCCACUGGGAGUGGAAUUGUCCUCUUUACUAGGUGAGCUUCAAUACUAAAGGUCUACUCCUCCCUGUGGACUAGGUUUAGCUCAUGGUGUCAAGAACAGUACAACAAAUAUCAACAAUCCUGGACUUUAUUCAGGAAGAUGUAGACAAGAGACUUUAGCCCAGCACCAUAACAUGCCAGGUGUCCGCUUAUAAGAAACAUCCUAUUUGCAAGAUUCUCUGGUUCCUUGACAGAACCCUCGGCUAUCCAGAUUUCUCAGAGCAGUUCACGUGGUUCAGCCAAUAUUUGUGGAAGCCUACCAGUGGCAUUAAAAGCCCAUACCACACAACCCGUGGGGCCACUGAUCUGUAUCUCCAUUCUGCCUAUCUACAAAAACUGUCUUUUAGUUACUAUUAUGUCUGCUAGGUGAGUUUCUGAAGUGGCACUUCUAUACCAUAUAAGAACUCUAUUGUAACAUGACAACAUGCUGCUAAGAAUCCCAGAAUCAUCAUUCCAUACCUCACAAGGAAAUUAUACUCCCUUCAUUCUGUCCAAAGCCACAGCACCCAACAGAAAAAAAUGUAGCACACUUCAGAUGGUUAAAGAGCACUAAAGAUUUAUAUCAGGUGUACUGAACUGACAAGAAGAUUGGGCUUUAUUGCCUGCCAAGGUGUCAGUGCUUCUGUUCCCGAUGGCAGCCAGGGUCACUCCACAAGAUCUAUGGUGACUUUGUGGGUGGAAAGAGCUUAUGCUUCCACAAUACAGAUAUGCAAGGCAGCAACAUCAUAAUCUGUUUAACACCUUUAUUAGACUCUGUAGAAAGUAGGUUUUCUGUUCCCUGUAGCAGCUUCCAUGAUCUAGUAGAGCAGCACUGCCAUUUUGUGCAAUUAACUCUCUCUCAGUUCACUGCUCACUACUUCUCAUAAGCAAUGGAAGUGUGGGAGAUUUUGCCCCAGAUCCCUAAGUGGCCCCCUCAAGGAUUGAACUCUCAACCCUGGGUUUAGCAGGCCAAUGCUCAAACCACUGAGCUAGCCCCCUCCCCCCUUUUAACAAGGUAUAGAUUGGACCUCCUCUUUCCUCACUAAACAUGUCCUCAGAAGGCAAUUCAUAGGGAACUUUUGUACAGUUUGGGACCGAGAACCAUCUGUUUGAAACCUAUGGCUGAAAACCAGUCUAGCUCUUUAGACCUUAUAUUGGCACAAAAUAAAUCAGGUGGUGUACCUGGUGAGACACUGAAGUAUGGCAAAAUAAGGACAGAUACACAUGAUUGUUGGGUUCUAUGGGAUGGCAGAAUGUUUGGCCAAGCUCAGAUGGUUAUAGUCACUGGAACAGCUCAAACCAGAAAAAUGCUGCAAAAUGUGGGACAUAAGAGCUAGAAUAGGAAAAUAACUCCUGGGUAGUCAUUGUUUUCUGAAACUGGCUGCUAAUUAAGUGAAUCCCACACCACCUUUCCUACAGCUGAAGCAAACUAUAUCAUAAUGCCUAUGUAUUUUCUCUAAAGCUUUUUACCGCUACAGAAGCGUUACUAAACGUUGCAGAUUCAAAUGUAAUUGUUUAGCCUAAAUGUGCACUAGUUAUGGGGAUUUAAUGAUCCUUUGUAGUAGAUUUUGUCAAAUUAGUGUCUGGAACCUAUAGAUGAAAGAUAAAACAUUGGAGAGUAUGUAUCAGGUUUCAUAUUUUUCUUUACAUAAAGGAAAUUAACCAGGUCAAUGCCUCUCCUCCUACGUUGUAUUUAAAGCAAAGUUGCAGACUCUGCCAUGUACUGUAGCAACUCUUCCUUCUAUAAUGAUAUAGGAAAUAAGCAACUAAAAAGGAGAACUACCUUCAUAAAGUUUUUGUGAUCAGUUACAUUGCAUACACCUGAAAGCUGACAUCCAGCCCCUACAGCAGUCAGCAUCUCUAAUCUUAAUGACAAUUAAAUCAGGCCUUAAGAUUUCUCUACCCGCUGUUUAAUUUCACAUAUCUAGACUAAAUACUAGUUAAGGUAUGCUGCUUAUAUGUUAAUUCAGAAGCAACUUUUUCAUGCUUGAAUAAAACAGGUAAUGUGGGCAUAACCUGCUGUAGCUGAUAAUACAGCCUUUGCUUGAACUAAAGUUAACUUCCAGUGCAAUGCAGAAGCAUCUUAGUGUUUCUCCUUAGUUCACCACAUUGUGUUUUUGCUUCUGGUCUUAUUGCCACUCCCUUUACUGGCAAAAUUCCAAAUGACAUCAACAGAAAUAGGGUAGGGUCUAUGCCUUAGAGGAAGCUCAGAGUAUUUGGUUUUUCUUCUUUGAUUACUCCAGGAGAAUAGAGUAGAUUCCAGAAUGGACCAAGUUGCGCUUGCCUUACUCAAGGGUUCAGUAGAGCAGUCACAUAAGCAGCAACCAACACAAUGAAAUACAUUGAAAAUCAACUACCCUCUCUAUCACCAUAAACAGACAGCACAAUGGGUGAUAUUCUUUUCAUAGCAGCAGGUUCUGAAGGAUCCAGCUGCUAUUGGAGUAGUCAAAUUUUGAAGUGCUUUAAGGAUAAAGAUUUAAUUAUAU